AGGGGAUGACCAGAGACUGCGGACAUAGUACAGGGGAUGACCAGAGACUGCGGACAAAGUACAGGGGAUGACCAAGAGACUGCGGACAUAGUACAGGAGAUGACCAGAGACUGCGGACAUAGUACAGGAGAUGACCAGAGACUGCGGACAUAGUACAGGAGAUGACCAGAGACUGCAGACAGUACAGGGGAUGACCAGAGACUGCGGACAUAGUACAGGGGAUGACCAGAGACUGCGGACAGUACAGGAGAUGACCAGAGACUGCGGACACAGUACAGGAGAUGACCAGAGACUGCGGACACAGUGCAGGGAAUGACCAGAGACUGCGGACACAGUACAGGAGAUGACCAGAGACUGCGGACACAGUGCAGGGAAUGACCAGAGACUGCGGACAGUGCAGGGGAUGACCAGAGACUGUGGACAUAGUACAGGAGAUGACCAGAGACUGCAGACAGUGCAGG